AUGACAACUCUACCAAACAGGAACUCUUCCCGUCUUUACUCUAAACAUGAUCGAAAUAUAGAAGGAACCAAGUACAAAGAUGUCGAAAAUAAAACCAAAGAUCCCAGCGAAUUUAUGAUGCUGGUUGACGAUUUCAGUGAUUACUUCUACGGCAAUGCUAGUCACGACGUAUUCAUUGCUCACAACCAAACACUAGAGGUAUUAAACGAUGUUUACACCAACUGUACGUUUAACGGGACGUUCAAUGUGUCUUGUUUCGGGAGAGUGGAGACGGUUCCACAAUACAACUAUUGGGGUUUAUUGCUGUUGAUCUUUCCGUUUUUUACGCUGUUCGGUAAUGUGUUAGUGAUUAUGAGUGUGGUGCGGGAGAGGACAUUGCAGACAGUGACGAAUUAUUUCAUAGUGAGCUUGGCGGUUGCUGACCUUCUAGUGGCUGUGGUGGUGAUGCCGUUUGGAGUUUACUAUCUGGUAAGUCAAAAUAUUAACUACUUUUAG